GCACCUCGCGGCGCAGCCGCGUCUACAGGGUGGGAGGGAGGACAAAAAGGGUUAUGUUUCUCCGUCCGCCGCCGCAAACACACACACGCCCCCAUCGGUCUCGCCGCUGUACUGGGGCGUUGACGGUGAGGGGAGCCGGGCAGGGGCCUGCGGAGGAUGGAGGAGAAGCCCUCCGCCAGCAUCAAGCCCUACCUGGACAAGCUCACCCUGGGGGUCACACGGAUACUGGAGACAUCUCCAGGAGUCGCUGAGGUGACAUUUGUGGAAAAGGAGCCAGCUGAACGCCACACAAUCAUUUCAUGGGAGCAAAAAAACGCCUGCAUAUUGCCAGAGGAUUUAAAGAACUUCUAUCUGAUGACUGAUGGCUUCCAGAUGACCUGGAGUGUGAAGACUGAUGAUACCCCAAUGCCCCUGGGCUCCAUGGUGAUUAAUAGUGUCUCAAAGCUAUGUCGACUUGGGGGUUCCCCUAUGUACACUCUGCCUAAUGCACCAACUCUCGCUGACCUGGAAGAUGACACAGAUGAGGAAGGUAAUGGAGACAAACCAGCAAAGCCGCACUUUGAUUCUCGUAGUCUUAUCUUUGAAUUAGACCCAUGCAAUGGGAAUGGGAAAGUUUGUCUUGUUUAUAAGCACGCUAAACCAGUUGUCUCCCCAGACACAGAGAUAUGGUUCCUGGACAGAGCUCUGUAUUGGCAUUUCCUCACCAAAACCUUCACAGCCUACUACCGCCUGCUCAUUACCCACCUGGGUCUCCCACAGUGGCAGUACGCCUUCACCAGCUAUGGGGUCAGCCCCCAGGCCAAGCAAUGGUUUAACAUGUAUAAACCCAUAACCAUCAACACAGCUCUCCUCUCUGAAGAAGCUGAUUCCUUUGUGAACAAGCUGGACCCCAAUAAGGUAUUUAAAAGCAAGAACAAAACGCCAGUGAUCAAAAAGAAACCACUUUCCCAGGUAGCAGGCUCCCAAAAGAGCCACACAAGCAUGACCUUCUCCAAGACAUCCUCACCAGCUGGGAAUUCUUCAAGGAAGUGAGACCCCCAGGUCUGACCCUGGACAACAUCUGCAAUAAGCUUUGAUGUUCCCUGAUGCAGCGUCUCAGUGGUUCAGAUGAAGUUCCUUGUGCAUGAAUAGAUGUGCCCAUGGAAAACACAUGUAGCAUUUGCAUGAAAUAUUGCCGCAAUGUACUUUGACAUGGGAGGGAUAUAGUUCCUGGAGACUGCGAAAAAAACUUGAGACGUUGAUUUUAUUCCCUUCUGCUGCUUGCAGCACGUACUUUUCAGAAGGCAUGAAGAAGCCCUUGAUGUCACUGCGCUAUAGGGAGGCUUUUGUUCCUGUGCAACUACAGCAGUGAAAUGAAAGCCAAUGUAAGUCACUGUUACUUUAAUAGACCCAUGCUGAAAUAGAGCGUAUGAAGAUGUUUCUGCCACCUCCUUUGAAAGAAACCUGUCCUGACCUUGCAUGCUAUGGGAGCAGGCUGGAACCCACCGAAAAAAAGAAGUAUCUUCUGCUUCAGACAUAAUCAAACUCUGCACUUCCCUGUGCUCCUUCCAACUUCUUCUCUGACAUUCGUGGUACAAAGGGACCUGGGGCUUCCAUGUCUCUGCAUUGGCCUAGUCACUUGCUCUACAGCCCAGACUACUCCUUGGCCUUUGUGCCGUAUCUUUUUGGAUAGUGACAUCUGUGUGAUGUCCUUCCCAAUAAGCCUGAAGGCAGGCAUAAGCUGCAAGAUCCCUCAUUGCCUCUGCUUUCUCGUCUUGUGUGAACUGCUGAGCCAGGGCAGGUCAGUGGUGGUAAGAGUGCCGUAAGCUAGGAGGACCCCUUGGUUUGUCACAUAGUCAUUUGCAAAGUUGACCAUUCAGACAUCCUUUAUCACUUUUCAAUUGGGCAGGAUCUGACCAGGGGCCACUGAGAUCCUACAGCCUUAGAAGCCCCUGAUGCUGUUUUCUGUACUGUAAGUUUUCAGGUUAGAACUGCACUUUAACCCAUUCACUGCUAGUUUUCCGUUACAUCUGAUUGUUUCCAUUACUUUUCUAUGCCAUUCUGUCUUCUUAGAUGUGCUGGAAACACAUGGUAGCAACCAACACAUUUUGUGCCUAAGCAGGGAAGUCAAAGUCACCAUCUUCAAAUAAGCAUUAAUUAUUUAAACAGCAUCAUCUUUUCUUUAUGAAACAGUCACAUAAUUACAUAAGACAAACCUACCUCACAGGGAUGUUGUGAGGCUUUCACAAGUAUUUGUACGGCCUUCAGAAAGACGAAGCCACCCUGUAAGUGCUUAAUAGUAUUUUAAUAAAGAUUUUAAUAUUUUC